AUGUCUUUCCUUAACAAGAACUACAAAUUCGUCAGCCAGGAGAACUUUGAGGGGUUCCUCAAGGCAGUUGGUGUGGCUGAAGAUAGGUUUGAGCAGCUGAUGAAGUUCGCUCCCGACCAGAAGCUGACUAAGGAUGGAGAUACUUACACUUAUUAUAACGUUACACCCGAGGGACCGAAGGAAGUCAAAUUCAAAUCUGGAGUAGAAAUUGAUGAACUUCUUGGCUCCUCAAAAGUGCCUGCCCAUAACGCAUCUGUGACUCCUCUGGUGUUGCGGGUGUCCAUGGGCGGUGCUGAUCGCUUACCAUCAGGUGACCCGUCUGCUUGUUUGCCUCCUAUUCCAUUAAAAAUGUGUAAAUUUGAAUUGUGUUCUGGCUUCGCACAAACCACUUCAUUUAUCUGCACUUCCCUAUGGUUGACUGUUAAGAGCACAUACGUGGUUGGGGGCGAUACCAUGACACAAACAGUCAAGUCUGUAGAGAGAGGUGUUGCCGUUUUCAAGAGAGAGUACAAUGGAGAUGAUCUCGUUGUGAUGCCUAACACACAUAGACCGCGCCGAGCGGUGUUCUCACCGCCACCGGCCCUCGCACGGUCCAUGCGGUGGAGCGACGCCGGCGCCACACAUGCGGGGCGCCGCAAUGCCGCAUACCCACUUAGAUUGUCCUGA